AUGUGCAAAGUUAAAAAGGAGUGUGAAAGAAGUUCAGUGCGAUACGAAAGUUUAUCGGAAUUUGCGCGUGCUGAUGGGGAAGAUGGCGAAGCUGCCGCGGCUGCGCUACAUUCAACUCCUGAAGAUUCUUUCUCAUUUUUGUGCACACAGAUAAUUAAUAAAACUGAUGUCAUGGCCCACCACAAAAUCGUGCGAGAGACGAAAGUCCUAGUAAAAAAGGUGCAGCAGACAGUGUGCCGCAUCUCGGGAGAAAGUUGCGAAGACUUUCACACCGAACUGGCAGUUCUUAUGCCAAUGCAGACCUUGGAUGCGUUCUUUGAUUUGGAGGAGAAGAUAUUAGAAAAAAAUUAUGAAGAUGCAGUUAUAACAUAUCUUUUCACUUUAAAGGGCACUUCUGGGGAUAUUGGCGAAGUUAUGAAGCGAGUUUUUGGCGACGAAGUCCUCAGUUUGUUCAAUUGGGAUGGGAGGUGCGGGAAGAAAUCGCUUUCAGAAUUAAAAAUAGUUAGCAUUGGCUCUAUUGUGAAAUUUUCAAACUGCAUGGACGCAUCGACUUCGAAAAGGAAGUCCGAAAGAGCGUUGAGCAAAGCCACAACAGGCAAAAACGCUAUUUGCUGA